GACAAGGCCCCUUCAGCGUGGCAGACCGUAGCGUACGGGGCAUUGUUUGCCCACCGAACGUCGGCUGCUGACCUCCUGCGUCCAGCCCGCAGCCGUGUUUGUCUCCCAAACACCAUGGGGCAGCGCAAGAUCACCAUUGUCUGGACUGGUGACGAGAAGCUGAGGCUCCGUUUUACCAUUCCCGCAGGCUGGGACGAACUACGGGCCUGGAAGCUUGCAGAGUUGCUCCUGGAGCGCCUCGAAGGGCAGCCCCGCGCCGUCGAUGACGUCACGAUGUCGCGGCGGGGUGGGGCUCCGCUCCCGCCGGACGCGCUCAUCUCUACACUGGCCGAGGGCGAGUGCGUGCGUGUGGCGCCGCGGCCGACGGUGACGCAGGCAAAGGAAGAGGCGCCACCGGUCGCGGCGCCGUGCCUGGCGAAAGUCGAGACAAGAGUACCGAUGGCCGGCGUAGCCAUCGAGUGCGACCUCGUGAAUGAAAAGGCGCCUGACAUCUCCCUGACCGUCGUGGACGAGCUUUCGAAGCAACGGCACGCAUUCACGUACAAAGCGGACCAGCCGGUGAGGGACGUGAAGCGGGAUCUCAGAGACGCGGAGGCGCCGCGGUAUCGCUUCGAGGCGCACAUGGGGUCGCUAUUCCUCGAGGUCGACGGCGCGUCGAAGCUGCUCGACGACUUCGGCAGUCUCUCCGAGCAAGGCGUCGUCUCUGGGUCUACGCUGAGGCACGUCGUCGUCUUACCGACGAAACUCCAAAGGACCGCCGUCGACACGUGCCCCGGCCCCUACCCCUCAUAUUGAUUAUAUUAACACUCAGUUAGAUACAGAUACGACAGAGGCGACGCAACGCCUCGCUUGCACAGUCCGG